AUGGGAGACAGCGGCCGUAAAGAAGGGCUCCAUGAUGGGCUGCUUUGCUUGCUGGCUUCUUUGCUGCUGACGAACCUUCUAUCAGGUGCCUUUGCCCUGAAAGAACAGACAGGAGAGCACAAGUCCAGCGUGGUCGUUCAUGAUCCGGAUGGCUUGCUGGGUCGGAGUGCCUGGUCCAAGGAUGGCGAGGAGGAUGGUGCAGAGACGCUGGCAUUUCUGCUGAAGAACUUCCAAACGAGGAUGAGCGAUCGAAAUCUGGGCGAGUUUGCCGUGCACGCGGGGAUUGCCUUCGUAGAUUCGGUCGGCAUGCAUCCCUCUGCCCCCAAAUUGGCGGAGGAGUUGGGUUUCAGCGGAGCCAAGCCUGGAGUGCUGGUAGUACUGAGCGCUACUUCGGUACAUCUUGCAGGGUCCCUGCUGCAAGCGAACACAGUCGGCGGUGAGGAGCAUUUGCUAGAAUCCAGCGAGUGGCUGUCUGCAGAAUCACUUUGCCGAGCUUACUUGCAAUCAGGCGACUAUGUCUCUGCUGCUGAGGCUGCAAUCAAGGGAAUCCUGCGGGCGCUCACCUCUUCAGUUGUGAUCACAGUACCUCACACGAGCAUGAAGCAGAGACAGCUCGACAAAUGGGAGUCCCAGUACCAGGUCGGUGAGGUGUGGCUCAACAUGUGCGGGGACAAGCUUUGUCGAGAGCUCGUGUUAAGCGACGUCCGUCAGCUCAGUGACGGUUUCGAGCGGUACUACCACGAAGCUUUGGUCUAUCCGGCGAUGAGCUUGCUGGGUCUGCACAAGCAGCGGAAGGUCUUGAUCCUGGGUGGCGGCGACGGCGGCGUUGCCACCACUGCGCUACGUUUUGACACGGUGGAGCAGGUCGUCAAUGUUGACAUUGACAGCUUCGUCACGAAGGCAGCUACAAGGUGGUUUCCCAAAGUGGCAGCGGGUCUCAAUGACAGCAGAUGCGAGAUGCUUCACCUUGAUGCUUUUUCAUGGGUGGAGGAGCAGCACAGCAAGGGCACUUCUGCGUUUGAUCUUGUAGUGAUCGACUUUACCGAUGAGCCCGUCAAGGGGGCAUGGUCGAACAAGUUCUUCUCACAGGUGAGAGGUUUGCUCGCUGAAGAUGGCAUUGUUGUGCAGAAUGUCGGCACGAUCGCCAACCCAGAAGACAUGCGCACGCUGUUCAGCAUUCAUGCAGCUGUGUUCUCUGCGGUCUUUCCACUGCACGCCAUGAUACCGGACUACUUGGGUCCGUAUAUUCUGGUGCUGAGCAGCAUGAAGCAGCUGGAUCCAGCCGAUGUAAACUGGGACCUCUGGCAGAGACAGCAGAUUCCCGGCCAGUACUAUGGUGGAGCAGCGCAGCACGAGGCCCUCCUCAGGGGUGUCCCAGCCGACGUGUCGCACUUGCUGGGAUUAUCAGUCGACUUGGACGGGAAGGCAACGCAGGACAUCAUGAGAUUUGGCAAUGAUCAGGGGUCCCCACCAGCUCCAUCUGCUGUUGCACUUCCACUGCCUUCCUUCGAAAGCCGCAAGUCUGGCAGGGAGCAGGCAGCCAGUGACAGCUGCGGAGAGAUGUGGUUGUGGACCAAAGACGACAGAGCGGAAAGAGCACCAUGUCAGGUCGUGUUCAGGACGAAAGGGGUCGAUGGCAGCAAGGCCAAGCAUCACUUGCUGAAACUUGAUGAUCGGCGUUGGUGGUGGCGAAGUUUCGGCCUGUUCACCUUGCCAAAAGGUGAAAGUAGUGGCCGAGGGAAGUUCCCUGAGCCUGGGCCACAGAUGUGCAUGCUAGCUACAGUCCAAGUCGCUCUGCUGCAUGGUGCUGCUCAUGGUGAUGAGCGACUUCACCACUACUUGUAUCUGAACUGUUCCACGACCGCACGGCCCGGUCUGCCCGCGAGAUUUGCCGAAGUCAACUUGGAAGAUCCGAAAGCUCGCGGGGUGAAAGCCGAGAACCCGUGA